UGUCAGUUAAAAAGCCUUGUACAUGGGUGACAUUCAAUAGUUUGAGCAAAUAAGAACCUUUCUAACUCUUUUAUUUCAUCGUUUUUACUAUGCGCUUGCAGAAGAUUCUUCCGCUAAGUUCCAUAAAAGGAAAUGUCGUGACUCUCAAACUCAGUUAUCGCUUUGAUUAAGACAGGUGGGAGGGGGCGAACCUAUUUCCCACUUUCUAUUGUUAGUGGUUGUAGUUAGUAGUAUUGCGUAUAAGUGAUGGCACAGCAGAUCGAACGAAAUCAAGAAGCCACUGUAUAUAUCGGCAAUCUCGACGAACGAUGCACAGAUUCUUUGGUAUGGGAAUUAAUGUUACAAGCCGGCCCUGUGGUCAACGUACAUUUACCUAAGGAUCGUGUCACACAAACGCAUCAAGGUUAUGGGUUUUGUGAAUUUAUGACUGAAGAAGACGCCGAUUAUGCAAUCCGAAUCAUGAAUCAGAUCCGACUCUACGGCAAACCCAUACGUGUCAAUAAGGCCACCUCGGAUAAAAAGAACUUGGACGUGGGCGCGACACUCUUUAUUGGCAAUCUCGAUCCAGACGUUGACGAAAAACUCUUGUAUGACACAUUCAGCGCAUUUGGCGUUAUUGUACAAACACCCAAAAUCGCACGCGAUCCCGAAACUGGCAAUUUGAAAGGCUUUGGUUUUGUCAGCUUUGAUAACUUUGAAUCGUCCGAUGCCGCUAUCGAUGCCAUGAACAACCAAUAUUUGAUGAACAAGCAAAUCACAGUCUCGUACGCGUUUAAAAAGGACGGCAAAGGCGAACGACACGGUUCGGCUGCGGAACGUUUGUUGGCACAACAGGCACGGAAAAACGUACAGUUACCCAAUCGCUUAUAUGCAGGCGGUCCAGCCAUGGCUCCAGUGGGCGGUGGUGCUUAUGCAGGUCCACCCGGUGCUGCCGCUCCAAUGAAUAUGAUGCCGCCACCUCCACCGCCCGGUAUGCCGCCGCAGGGUAUGGCCUAUAGCAUGCCGCCGCCCGGUGUUCCUGGAGGUUACGGUGUCCCACCAUCAGGCUCAUACGGUCAACAACCACAAAUGGGAGGAUAUCCACAAUACGGUCAACAGGCAUGGCAGUAAAAAGAAAAACCAUACAACAUACGAAAAAAAAGUUAUACGAAACAUAAUAAAAAUGUAACGCAAAAAAAAAA